AUGAGCACUUCCACAGCGAGAACUUCAAACGGGAAUGGAGCGUCAAGUUUCUCUCAGGAAAAUGAUAAAAUAGAGCCAAUAGCCAUCAUUGGCUUCUCUUUUGGAUUUCCACAAGAUGCAACAUCCUCUGAUGCAUUCUGGAAGAUGUUGAUGGAAAGGAGAAGCUCUUCUACUGCCAUUCCUGCAGAACGACUCAAUGCUGCUGCUAUGUAUCAUCCCGAUGGAGGUAGAAGAGGCCAGAUGUCCGUGAGAUGUGGACAUUUUCUGAGUGGAGAUAUUGCCGCUUUUGAUGCUCCAUUCUUCUCUAUCUCUGCUAGUGAUGCGGCUGCAAUGGAUCCCCAGCAGCGCCUUCUUUUAGAAUACACGUAUAAAGCUUUGGAAAAUGCGGGAUUACCGCUUGAGUCUGUGAUAAGGAGCAAGACAUCGGUGUAUUCCGGAUGCUUCACAAAUGACUGGCAACACCUUACAUUCAAGGAUUCAGAACAAUGUGAUACGACGGCAGCCUUGGGCAUUCAGCCCUGUGUGAAUGCUAACAGGAUCAGUUGGUUCUAUAAUUUCACCGGCAAUAGCGCUAAUAUAGACACUGCAUGCUCUAGUAGUUUGGUUGCUCUCGACAUGGGAUGCAAGGGUCUACUUUGUUACGAUACGGAAAUGAGUGUUGUUACCGGGUCUAACCUCAUCUUCUCUCCCGAUACGAUGCAUGCCCUUACAAACAUGAACAUGUUAUCCCCUGAUGGCCAAUCCUACAGUUUCGACCACAGAGCGCACGGUUAUGCUAGAGGAGAGGGUAUUGGGGUCUUGGUACUGAAAAGAUUAUCAGACGCUCUUCGAGAUCAAGACACAAUCAGAGCCCUGGUUCGCAAUACGGGCUGCAAUCAAGACGGAUAUACUCCUGGCAUCACACAGCCAAGCAGUCUUUCUCAAGAAAGCUUGAUCCGAGAAACAUAUGCUCGCGCUGGACUGAGUAUGGAGCCCACUCGGUUCUUUGAGGCACAUGGAACUGGAACUCCCGUUGGAGACCCCAUCGAAGCCACUGCGGUUGGUGCUGCAUUUCGGAAAGCUCGCACCAAUGAGGAUCCUUUGUAUAUAGGGGCAGUUAAAAGCAACAUUGGUCAUCUCGAAGGGGCAAGUGGUAUUGCAGGAGUAAUCAAAGCCAUUAUGGUACUUGAAAAGGGAAUCAUUCCUCCAAACUACAAUUUGGAGAAGAUCAACUCUAAGAUUGAUACGGAAUUUUUGCGAAUCAAAUUUCCCCUUGAGCCCACCUUGUGGCCCACCAAAGGCCUUCGUCGUGCAUCCGUGAAUUCAUUUGGAUUUGGUGGCACCAACGCCCAUGCUGUCCUUGACGAUGUGUUUCACUAUCUACAGCUUCGUAACCUCACUGGUCAUCAUAUGACUAUAGACGACCCACAUUCUUAUACUCGUGGUACCCUGGAUACCAUAAUGCCAAAUGGGACGCAUGAGAAAGAUUCUGAAGUCUCGUAUGUUAGAUCCUACUCUGAAGCAUCUUCUAAGAGACUGCUCAUUUUCUCUGGACAUGACAAAGGAACUCUGAAACGGCAGAUUGAGAGAUACACAUCCCAUUUCAGAGAGCUUACUAUUUCUAAGAGCCAGUUUGAGCCGUACUUACUUGACCUAGAAUACACUCUGCUCAAAAGGAGGACACCUCAUCCUUGGAAGUCCUUUGCAGUCGUUAGCUCAGUGGCUGAACUAAAAGCUCUCGAGGUCAAUAUCUCCACUGCAUUCAAGUCCUCUCCUAAUCCCAAAAUUGGUUUUGUUUUCACAGGACAGGGUGCUCAGUGGGUUGGAAUGGGACGUGAACUCCAGAAGUUUCCUGCGUUCCAAGCAAGCCUCGAAGAUGCCCAGCAGUAUCUUCUUGGCCUAGGAUGCCCAUGGCGUUUGGUAGAAAAAUUAUGGGAAGAGAGUGAGCUUUCGAAUAUAGAUCAUCCAGAAUUUAGCCAGCCUCUCUGUACUGCAAUCCAGGUGGCGCUCAUCAGUCUACUGCGCAGCCUUGGAAUCCGACCGACUGCAGUCAUCGGUCACUCAUCUGGUGAGAUUGCCGCUGCAUAUGCAGUCGGAGCAAUUUCGGCCAGAGCCGCCUGGAGAAUUGCAUACUAUAGAGGAACAUGUGCUGCAUGGCUGAGAAACAGCAACAACAAAGGUGCUAUGGUGUCUGUUGGCCUCUCAAAAGAGCAGGCUGAAAGAUACCUUAACAUGAUUGCGCCAGGCUUUGAAGCUCUUGACUUGACAGUUGCAUGCAUCAAUAGCCCGAAAAAUGUCACUAUUUCAGGUGAUGUCAGUCAAGUAGACGCAUUGCAGAAAUUGCUCAGUAACGAGGGAAUUUUUGCGCGCAAGUUAAGGGUUGAUGUUGCCUACCACUCUCCUCAUAUGAGAAAUAUUGCAGAAGAGUACAAGAUUUUGAUCGGAGAGAUCGAAAAAGGCGAUUAUCAAGACAGAACAGUCAUGAUGAUCUCUACGGUAACUGGACAACUGGUGACAAAUGAACAGCUUGUUUCGCCAGAGUACUGGGUCUCGAAUAUGAUAUCACCGGUCAAAUUCAGCGAUGCGAUGGGAGGUUUAUGCAUAGAAUCGUCCGUGAAAGCCCGGAAAAAGCUGGACCUCAGUCACCGCAAACAAGUCUGUAUCGAUAUUCUUAUUGAGAUUGGCCCUCAUCCGGCUUUGCAAGGACCAAUCCGAGACAUCCUAAAUGAGAUACCUGACUCGACCAGGAUCAACUAUGUUUGCCUUCUGGCUCGCAAGAUAUCGGCUAUUCAGUCAUUCCUUGGGGCUAUAGGACAACUUCAUUGCCUCGGGUAUGCCGUGGACUUUCGUGAACUCGAAAGCUCCAAAUCUGAGAUACACAGAGUGCGCAAGACACUCACGGAUCUACCAGAAUACUCUUUCGACCAUUCAAAGAGCUACUGGUACGAAAGUAGGCUCAGCAAACAAUUUCGUACCGGCCCACAAGGUAAGCUGGAUCUCCUUGGGAAGCCUGUGCCCGAUUGGAAUCCUCUGAAAGGGACUUGGAGAAACAUGAUUAGAGUUUCGGAGAUGCCAUGGGUCGAGGAUCACGUUAUCAAUGGAUCUCUUGUUUACCCUGCGGCAGGAAUGCUUGUUAUGGCGAUAGAGGCAGCCAACCAGAUGGCAGAUCCCAGCUUGACUGUUAUUGGGUUUGAACUCAAAGAUGCGUUAUUUCGCAGACCUCUCACUGUUCCCCAGGAUACCACUGGGGUUGAAGUGCAACUUACACUUCACCAAUCGGAGGAAGGCAUGAAGUCCUGGUCUGAAUUCCAAAUCUGCGUAUUUGAGGAGAACCAAUGGCAAGAGUGUUCUCGUGGUUCCGUUCGCGUCCGGUAUCAACAAGCACCAAACGAUGUGACUGGAGAAAGAGAACGGCAAGAGGAGCAUAAAUCGUGCCAUGAAUUAAAGGAGUCCAUGGCACGUUCUUUCAACCAAGUGAUUGACCCAAGCUCACUCUACACAAUGCUCCAAAAGAGUGGGUUUGGCUUUGGACCGGCAUUUCAAACAGUCACUGGGGGAUGCUUUGGAGAAAAUGGUGGAGCUGUCGGGGAUGUUCGUCUAUUCCAAUGGCCAGAGAAACAGUAUCCUCAAAAUCACAUCAUUCAUCCCACCUCACUUGAUGGCAUGCUCCAUCUAUCAAUCGCUGGCCUAGCCCAGGGAGGGCAAAAGGCUGUCCCAACAAUGAUACCAACGCUUCUCCGAAAUCUGUGGAUAAGCAAGAGCGGUCUCAGCAACAACGAAAACAGAAGCGUGGAAGUUUGCACUUGGAAGGUCAACGGAGAUAAUCGAGGGAGUGAUUUUAAUGCCCUGGUCUUUGAUCCCUCACUGGGCACGGUCCUGGGAAGAGUUAAUGGACUGAGAUUAACCAUAAUUGCGGAUGUCGCUGCCGACCAGUCGAGUCUAGCGCAGAACAGGCAAAUUUGCUACCAUCUUGAGUAUCGGCCAGAUCCGCAGUUUCUCACACCUGAACAGACAUCAAAAUACUGUCAUUUGGGUGGAGACCAAGCCCUCCAGCAACUGUCUCACUACUUAGAUUUGUUGGGCAAUAAGAACCCGGGUCUGAAGAUAUUAGAUCUAGGUGUUGGAGAUCGUGAAUCAACUGUCAAAGUGAUCGAUGCGCUCCUGUUGGAUGAAGAUGCCGAAGCCAAACGAUACCUAUAUCAACUCUACCAUUACACGGAUACCGAUUCAUCAUCUCUCGAUACAGCACGAGAGAAACUGAGCCAUUAUCCUAGAAUCGCGUUUGAAGAAUUCGAUGCUAUCUUAAGCUCAGAGGAGUCUGCUUAUGACCUUGUCAUUGUGAACGACAUGCUGUCAACAUCCCAAGAUAAUGCUACUAUAUUGCAGGACAUCCAACGAGUAUUAAGCCGCGAGGGUCGCUUGAUCACUCUCAAUUCAGAGAAGAUAGAUCCGGCCAUUUUCACCAGAAACGGGUUUGCUGGUGUCGAUUUUCAGAUUUCAACAGCAGACCAAAAUAUCAUGGUGGCUACUCCACACCCUUUCAUCGUUUCCGAAGACUCCAAGAAACAGAUCGUGUUCGUACAUGAUCCCCAAUCUGCCUUUCAGGUAGAAGUGGCUCGGCAGUUGGCAGCACUUACCCCUAUGGGCUCGCACCGACCUCAAAGUCUCAGUCUAACCGAAGUCCAUGGGCUGCGUGGUAAAAGCAAUGUUGUCUUGAUUUUCCUGCUGGAACUCGACGGUCCCUUCCUUUACACGCUCUCGUCAUCGCAAUUUGAUAUACUGCGGGAGAUCUUGAUUGUCUCCAAGGAUGUGCUUUGGGUGAAUGCGUAUGGUGGGUCUCGUCCAGGCAAGCCAGAGUUCGCCAUGGCAAGUGGUUUAGCUCGAGCCCUUCGCAAUGAAUAUGAAAAUCUAAGCUUCAGCACGCUGGCCUUAGACCUGCGAGGUGAGCUUUCGAAUUGCCAGCUGCUAAAAAUUCACCACAUUUUCGAAGCAAAUCACUUGGGCCAGAAUACAACCGGGGGUGAAUGGGAGUAUAUCGAGAUUGACGGGCUACUGAACAUUCCACGGAUCGUGGAGUCACGUCCUCUAGGGCAAGAUAUCCACGUAAGAUCUCUCCCCGAGCAAUCCAGUAUUCAUGAAGUCGGAGAAAUCCCCCCCGUGAAACUCAUAAUUGGGUCCCCCGGGCUUUUGGAUACACUCCAAUUUGUCGAAGAUGAUAUCUACCACAAGCCCCUUGAUGCCGAUGAUGUUGAGAUCCGAGUUCACGCCAUUGGCGUAAACUUCAAAGAUUGCCUCAUCGCACUAGGCCAGGUACCAGGGGAUACGUUGGGUCUAGAGUGCGCGGGAGUUGUGACCCGUGUAGGGAGCAAUUCAGAGUUGAAAGCGGGCGAUCGAGUGGUCAUGGCCACUCCUGGCAGCUUCAAGACCCAUGCCCGUGGGAAGGCUGGCACAACGUGCAGAAUCCCCCCAGAGAUGUCAUUUGCGGAAGCAGCUACUAUCCCUGCGCAGUUUGGGACUGCAUGGGAGGUUUUACAUGAAUUGGCGAAAAUUCGAAAAGGAGAAACCGUUCUGAUCCACGCGGCAGCAGGAGGAACUGGUCAAGCCGCAGUUCAGAUUGCGCAGCAUCUGGGGGCAACUGUCUUCGCAACUGUGGGUUCAAAGAAGAAAAAGGAUCUUUUGGUGCAAGAAUACGGCAUUCCCGAGGAGCGCAUCUUUUAUAGUCGAGAUACAAGCUUUGCGCAAGGCAUCAUGAGAGCGACGGGCGGACGAGGAGUUGACGUGGUCCUGAACUCCCUGGCAGGAGAUAGUUUGCGAGCGAGCUGGGCCUGUAUUGCCAACUACGGUCGGUUUGUCGAGAUUGGGAAGAAAGACGUCUUGGAGAAUGCCAGUCUACCUAUGCUUCCCUUUGGCAGGAAUGCCGCAUUUAUUGGCUUCGACGCGUCAACCUGGCAAAAAGAGAGACCAUUAGAGGCGAAGAGAGAUUUACAGGCCCUGGUGAACAUGUUUGCAGGGAGUUUCUUACAUAGUCCUCGGCCGUUGCUGGAGUUUCAAAUUUCUGAAGUCGAGCAUGUCUUCCGACUGCUCCAAGAUGGCAAGACGCCAGGCAAGAUCGUAAUCAAAGUGGAUGAACAAUCCCAGAUCCCGGCCACUCUCAACACCAGGCCCAGUUUUUCUAUGAGUGCAGAAGCAACCUUCGUCAUUGCAGGUGGAUUAGGUGGACUGGGUCGCUCUAUAUCUCGCUGGAUGGCCAGCCGUGGCGCGAGACAUUUGAUUCUCCUAUCAAGAUCGGGGCCACGUACCGAGAUGGCACAUGCCUUCCUGAGAGAGCUCAGAGACGAAGGAGUCCAUGUAGAGGCACCAGCAUGCGAUGUAGCUGAUACCGUUCGAUUGAAAGAGGUCUUUGCGUUUCUGACUGGCAAGAUGCCUCCGAUCAAAGGGUGCAUUCAGGGUUCGAUGGUUCGAAGAGAUGAAUUAUUUGAGAAUAUGAGUUAUGACAGCUGGAAAACAGCAGUCGAAUGCAAAACAGUGGGCUCCUGGAACUUGCACACUCUGCUUCCAAAAGGAAUGGAUUUCUUCAUUCUGCUCUCUUCGGCAUCCGGGCUGGUUGGCCUACGCGGACAGACAAACUACGCUGCUGGCAACACAUAUGAAGAUGCUAUCGCCCGUUUUCGAGUCGCACAGGGAGAAAAGGCAAUCUCUCUUGACCUGGGUGCAAUGAUAGACGACGGCUUGUUGGCGGAGAACCCAGAAUUGCUCAAUCGCGUCCUUACUUACGGCUCCCUAAAUCCAGUGCGCAGAGAGCAGCUUUUUGCUAUCUUAGACUAUUACUGCGACCCAUCUCGGCCCCUCUUGGGCCCCAGGGAAAGCCAGGCGGUCAUUGGCCUUGGAACAGGUGGUGGAACGGGGCUCGACAGUGUUAGCCUUGAUCGACUCCCAUUGUUCCGCCAUCUGAUCCAGGACAGCGACCGCCCAGUGGAAACGGAAGAAGACUCGGUGAGCCUUCGCCAGCUUAUAGCUGAAUCGACGUCCCUCAUAGAUGCCGCGAACAUUGUCACCCAGUCCUUGAUCCAAAAGCUUUCGAAAUCUAUUUCGACGAUGCAGCACAAUGAAGUGGAUAUCCACAAGCCCCUGCAUGCUUAUGGCGUCGAUUCUCUACUAGCCGUGGAGUUGAGAAAUUGGAUCGCAAAAGAGUUUCAGAGCGAUGUAGCUGUGUUCGAGACAUUAGGAAGCUCGACCUUUUCGACUUUAGCCAUGCUUGUUGCGGGACGGAGUGAAGUAAAGCAUCCUUUAUGGACGAUGGCACACAAUUGA